CAGAGGUGCACACAGAGGCGCGGGGCACGUACAGACAGACGCGUGGCAGUACGGCGCUUCCCCUACCCCCCCACCCCACCACCUUAUCCUCCCUCUCUCCUCGCAAUAGCGGAGAGAUGGCGGAGCAUCAUCACCUCCAUCUCAGCUCGCCGGAGAGCUCGCCCUUUCUGGGGUUGCAGCUAACGUCGCCGUCGGGAUUCAGCCGCCUGUCCAACGACAUCAGCUUGGAGGAGUUUGAGGAUGAAGACUUCUCGGAGAUUGUGGACGACUGUGGCAUCACAGCGCCCUGUCUGAGUGACCUGACUGGCUCGCCUCAUGCUCCAAUUCUGAACCUGAAGCAGCAGGUGGUGGGGUCGCUGGUGGAACACCUGCAAGAGGACCUCCUGGAGCUGGAGCUGAUUGACGCCGAGGACGAUGAGUUUGAGACGGAAGUACUCGGGCAGUCGUCCGCCAAAACUUCCAUUCACGGCGUGUGCCACCACGUGCCCCAGGAUACUUUAAAUAACAACAACAACUGUGGCCCUAAGAAGAGCACGUGGCAGGAUAAAGUGAGGUCUUCUUCACCGCUACGGAAUGGGUUUCACUCUCCUUCCCACUUAUGCCUCAAAGAGCAGCAGCAGCAGCAAGCGGCCAUGGCAGGUGACCGACAAGCAUCCUCCAACCUCAACUCGAGCUCCAACCACAAUGGACCCGCGAUGGCCAAGUACAGCGGCACGGGAAUGGAAAAUCUUGCAUACGGCUCGUUGUGGCGGGCUGAGGCGAGCCACAGGGCGGUGUCGGGGAGAGAGGAGCCGGUGGUGCGUGGGGCUCCGCCCGGCAGCGCUGAUCUCGUGCGCGAGGCUCCGCCAGGGAGCUCCAGGCCCGCACGGGAAGACCCGCCGGGGAUGGCCGAGUCCGGCCUGCUGGCUCCGCUCGGAAGGGAUGAACCCGACGGAGAGACCGAGACGGCCCGAGACGCUUCCGCUCGGAAGGACGAGGAGGACGACGAUGAGGAGGAGGAUGAUGAAGAGGCGGAGGAUGAUAUCGAUGAUGAUGAUGAUGAAGAGGGAGCGGCGAAGGAGCGGAGUGCGGAAUACUUCACCGUGUUGCAGCGCAAGGCGCGCGAGCAGCCAAGCCUCGGGGAGGGGCAGCAGCAGCAGCAUCGUCCGUCGUGCGUCGGAGUCCUCGAGGAAGACCCUCAGUGGGCCUCAUUGGAAUUGCUGCCGGUGCAAGGCGACGGCUGCAAAGAGGCGAAGUCGCCAGGUGCCACGCUGCCCGAGAGCAAGGCGACAGAGACUCGCGGAGAGCCGUGCGCGCUGCGCCAAAUGGCGGCGGCGGGUGGCGGUCGCAGGCCAACGCGCUGCUCCGACAGCAGCGCCCUCUCGUACGAGUCGGUGCGCUACAUGCUGGUGAUGGACGAGCACACCAAGCUGGAGAUGUCGGCGCUCAGCCCCCCGCGCAUCGCGAGCGGCCUGGCGGAGGAGGACGGCGGCGGCGGCGGCAAGAGGGGCGGCGGCACGCCCGUGCCGCCCGACGUCGCCUCGCCGCGCGACGCGGAGGCGUUCCGGAGGCACGAGGCGGCGUGCUUCUCCGACACGACAUGCUCCUCGCCAGAGUCGGAAUUCCCCUUCUCCAAGAAGUUCCUCAACGUCUUCAUGAACGGGGCGACGCGAUCCUCCAGCACGGAGUCCUUUGGGCUGUUCUCCUGCGUCAUUGAUGGAGAGGAACGGGAGCAGACCCAUCGUGCCGUCUUCAGGUUUGUGCCGCGGCACCCGGACGAGGUGCCCAUGGACGUGGACGACCCGCUGUACGUGGAGAGGCAGGCGGACGACUUCUGGUGCGAGGGAUACAACAUGCGCACGGGCGAGCACGGAGUCUUCCCCGCCUACUACGCGCACGCCGUGUCGCAGGACCCCGAGGACGUUUAUGGCAAGAGCCGGAACGACGACUGGGUGGAGCGUUUCGGGCUGCACUUCCUGGGCUCCGUGGAGGUCCCUUACCACAAGGGGAACAACGUACUGUGUGCUGCCAUGCAGAAGAUUGCGCAGGCGCGGAGGGUGACGGUGCAUCUCAAGCCGCCGUCCGUGUGCACGCUCGAGAUCACGGCCCAGGGCAUCCGCCUGGUGCUCAAAGCCGGCUCCUACCAGGGAGGCAAAUGCAGCCACUUCUUCAAGCUGAGGAAUGUCUCAUUUUGCGGUUACCACCCCAAGAAAAGCAACUAUUUUGGAUUCAUCACCAAGCACCCGUCGGACCAUCGCUUCGCCUGCCACGUCUUCGUGGCCGAGGACUCCACUCGACCGGUGGCGGAGAGCGUCGGGAAAGCUUUCCAGGUGUUCUACAAGGAGUACCUGGAGUAUGCCUGUCCCACAGAAGACAUAUAUCUGGAGUGAUGCCGCGCGGCAUGUAACUGCCCCUGGAAGAGAAUAAAUAACAACGUCAUCGUUUGUAGUCGUUAUAACCACGCCCCCGUAAAUGUUGUGUGCCGUCCGUGUUGUCUCUCCCCAGCUUAAGGUCGUGUGAUGAUUAUUCCUGGCGUCCGUGCGCUUUACCUAACCGAACGCCGCGCCGGUUUACGAAGCGCGCGGCGAGUUCUCCUCGAUGCGGCGUACGCUGCACCCACCCUCUGCACCCGAGGGCCGUGAGGCUUUUGCGUGCUUUGCCGACCAAAAAUGUAGUGCGCGGGCGUACAUCGUGCAGCGAGACGCCGCAAAAACUGUUUAACUCUUAACCAACCGGUGGCAACUCGUGUGAUGUUUCAAUUCAUUUGCUGCUGCCGAGAAUAAAAUCUUACUUUCACGUAAAACUCUACAUUUGCAGUGAUGUAAUGCAUUAUUCUAAACAUUUUUUUUUAUUGAUGUAUAGCCUUUCAGCUGAAAAUUCCAGGUGUUUGCAGUAGAAGUCGGCCUGCUGAAGUCUCACUCCUAAUGGAAAAAUAAGGUGACCGUUUUACGUAAGUUUAUCUAAUUUAAUUUUGAAGUCCAGUGCACCUGUAAUCCAGGAGCCUCAAAUGAAACAAGAUACCAUUAGAGUCUUUUACCUGAAAAACAAUCGCUAACAGUGGAUGUAUCCAACGAUUGGCAAAUCCGCACCUGAUGAGGACAGGGCAAGGACCAUGUGCAAAGUUCAACAAGGUUCAACGAUCUAGUCUACGUUCACAAAUAGCAACAAAACGGUGUGGCCAUACUCUGGGCAACUUAGAAGACGAUGUGCCCAUUUUUGUGUAAAAGUCACGUCUCAGACCUGAGGUCAGUUACAAUUGUAGCUAUGUCAUUCGUAAUGAAUUUGAAUCACAGUGUCAUUAAAUUGCAGAUAACGGUGUUUCUGUUUUUGUGAUUUCAUAAUUGACCCCGGGCUUUGUCGUGUGCUCGCUCGUCUUGAUAUGCAGGCAUACGUAGCAUGAGCGGUGGCCAGGGAAAGUCCUCCGUUAGUGCCUUGAGCAGAACGCUGGUCAGGACGUGGCGCAACAAGGCAGGCAUGAGAAUUUUGGAAUUAAAGCAAGCAUUAGAUGGCCAUUGCUGUAUCGGGGUGUAACACUGGCGCAGGAGGACUGUGUGACGAGUCGUCAGAGAGAGUACUUGCUGGAUAUUGGCAUGGAGCACAGUCCAGUGGAGACCGAUGAAACUGGAAUUUUCAGUGCCAGCUCUGUGUGUGUGUGUGGCAGACGAUGCUCCAACCCAGCCUAACCUUGCAUUGGAAGCUGCACACCCACUCCGACACAGUAGGGGUACAACGACGUAUCAAUUCAUCGAUAUAAAAAUCGAUUACUGAGCACACGGCACACGCGUCGAAUUUAUUAUUUUGUAUUCGAACACGUUGGCAAUUGGUUUUGCGCUGCUCCUGUAACCCAUGAGAGGGACUCCAACACGAUGUUAAAAAUAGGAAUUGAUUCUGCAAUCGAUUCACACGAACAAAUCGUGACAAUUCAUGGACUUGCGAGGGGAAUAGGGGGCAUAGCGUUGCAGGUCUAAAACAGUGUUUCUGCACAAAACGAUUUCACCAGCUGAUACUUGUGGAAAGCUGUUGUGAGGUGGGAUUCCGAUGCAAGAUUAGCGGGCUACAAGAGGAACAGAUCUUUGCUUACGGCUCUAAUAUGUUAAAUAAGCCUUAAUUAAAAAAAAAAACAUGCAGUAACCUUGUAACUUAUGCCACAUUAUGCUGUUCUAAAAAAAGAAAUAAAUUUGCGUUAACGCGGAAUGUGGUCGUACAUCCGUGUAGUUACAUUUACAGCAGCCACGCAAUAAAAAAGAAAGUUGAAAUGAUGUAGAUUUGACCGACUAGCGUUAGUGGUGUUCAAUAAUGAUGUUUAGUGGGGGGGGGGGAGUCGAAUUGUAAUAAAGGUGUUGCCAAUAGGGUCGAGUGAUUAGUACUGUGAGUCCCCCUUCAAUCCUGUAAUAAUUAUACAAAUGUACAAUUAAAACACUGGUACUGUAAA